CUGGAAUCCAGGCUGAACGUUUGUUUACCCUCAUUAGCGUGACGUCUGCGCGUGACGUCACUCGACGUCAGAUCCUGUAUAAUCCAACAUGGAGGACGGCGGAGUGCUAGUGGAGAGAGCUCAGGACGAUGUUCCAGCCAUGCUGAGCUCACGGCCUCAGACCGGUUUGUCCUUUUUGGCCCCAGAGCCUGAGGAUCUGGAGGAUCUGUACAGCAGAUAUAAGAAGCUGCAGCAGGAGCUGGAGUUUCUGGAGGUGCAGGAGGAGUACAUUAAAGAUGAGCAGAAGAACCUGAAGAAGGAGUUCCUCCACGCUCAGGAGGAGGUGAAGAGGAUCCAGAGCAUCCCGCUGGUCAUCGGGCAGUUCCUGGAGGCCGUGGACCAGAACACGGCCAUCGUGGGCUCCACUACGGGGUCGAAUUACUACGUGCGGAUCCUGAGCACUAUAGACCGAGAGCUGCUGAAGCCCAACGCCUCGGUGGCUCUGCACAAACACAGCAACGCUCUGGUGGACGUUCUGCCUCCGGAGGCCGACAGCAGCAUCAUGAUGCUCACCUCCGAUCAGAAGCCGGACGUGAUGUACGCUGAUAUCGGAGGGAUGGACAUCCAGAAGCAGGAGGUGCGGGAGGCCGUGGAGCUUCCCCUCACACACUUUGAGCUCUAUAAGCAGAUUGGUAUCGACCCCCCGAGAGGUGUGCUGAUGUACGGACCCCCCGGCUGUGGGAAAACCAUGCUGGCUAAAGCGGUGGCUCACCACACCACAGCGGCGUUUAUCCGGGUCGUGGGCUCUGAGUUUGUUCAGAAAUACCUGGGUGAAGGGCCGCGUAUGGUCAGAGACGUGUUCCGAUUGGCCAAAGAGAACGCACCUGCCAUCAUCUUCAUCGACGAGAUCGACGCCAUCGCCACCAAGCGCUUCGACGCACAGACCGGAGCUGACAGAGAGGUGCAGAGGAUCCUCCUGGAGCUGCUGAAUCAGAUGGACGGAUUCGACCAGAACGUCAAUGUGAAGGUGAUCAUGGCCACUAACAGGGCCGACACUCUGGACCCGGCUCUGCUGCGUCCUGGUCGUCUGGACCGUAAGAUCGAGUUUCCUCUGCCGGACCGCAGACAGAAACGCCUCAUCUUCUCCACCAUCACCAGCAAGAUGAACCUGUCUGAGGAGGUGGACCUGGAGGACUAUGUUGCUCGACCGGACAAGAUCUCUGGAGCAGAUAUUAACUCCAUCUGCCAGGAGGCUGGCAUGCUGGCUGUGCGUGAAAACCGUUAUAUCGUCCUGGCCAAGGAUUUCGAGAAGGCUUACAAGACGGUCAUCAAGAAGGACGAGCAGGAGCACGAGUUCUACAAGUAGAGACGCCGUUUCGUCACAUCGGCGUUAACGUAGCUGUUUUUUCUUUAUUAUUUUCUGUGUUUAUUUGUACGCACACACACACACACACACACACACACACACACACACACACACACACACACAGUAUAUCAUUACGGUCUAGGCAUCGGUGCCUGAGACACACACACACAUGGACUGUGACGUCACUGGAUUCAAACACACACACACACACACACACACACACACACACCACUGCAACUUCAAAACAUUUUACAGAUUAUUGUACACUGCAAAAAAGAACCAAUAAAAUGUUUUCCAUAAAA